UUCGCCCAGGUAAGACGCGUUGUCGUUGUCACCUGAUUGCUCCCGCCCGUCUAAAGUGUUGUCGAAACGCCAAGAAAGAUUCGAAAUUUAAAGGCAACGCAACCGUUAUGUGCGCGCGUGUGUGUUACUGCGCUGUGAAAGUAAAAAAUUUAAACAAAUUUGAUUAGCACCAGCAAAAGCAACAACAACAACAACAGCCAAAAGAACGUGUGCGUGUGAGAGUGUGUGUGUGUUUGUGCCACUGUGCAUGUGUCGGUGAGCUGCUAAGGAAUUCCAAGAAGACCGCAAACAACAACAACAACAACAACAACAACAACAACAGCAAAAAUAGAAAUGUCACACAAUAGACGAAGAGUGCGCACAAUUGAGUACCUCACGCAAAUGUCGACGGCGACGGCGUUGGCAGCGACGGCGGCAGCGGCAGCGGCGAUAUCGCCGCCAGCGCAAGCAGCGGAAUCACCCACAGUUCUCGCUCCAGCUGCGGAGCUAGCGACGACUCCGGAUCCAGCAGUGGCUCCAGUGCCACCCAUAAGAUUGCGACGCGAACAUAACGUGGAUGAGGAUGUUGCAAGAGUGGAAUUUCGCGUAAAGCAAACGCCGUCGCGUCCAAUGCAAAUGGCAAACGCACGCAUCGGCACGCUGGAGGAGGAUCUGCAUCCGGACGAUGAGCUGGCGGCACACUAUGAAGCAUUUGGCACCACGCCCCCGCGCACCCGCCUGAAGAUCAAGAAUCGCGACUGGGAACGCAAACAAAAGUUCAACAUUGUCGAUGCCUCCGUGGAUGCGCCGGCGAGCGUUGGAGGCACGCCCAAGAAGGGCAUGACGCGAAUGGCGCGUUCCCGUGUGCUGAGGCGCAAUACGAUGGACUGCGCCCUGCUGAACGAGAUGUUCGUCAACGACGAGGGAAAGCGGACGGACAAGCGACUGCAGUCACUGCUGCGGGACUCCGAGCGGGAGAUGAAGAACUCGUUGGCAUCGACAACGAUUGCGGCGCCGCGUGGCAACAGCUUCCAUGAGGGCGGCGCCCACCCACUGGAGUCGCUGGACAAGAUUAUGCCGCUGAGCUCCGAUGAGCCGCAUAUGAUGCCGCUGCGCAUUGCCUCCAAGGUGGUGGAGAGCUGCAAUCGAUAUCGCUGCGUCUCGUCGCGGCCGAUCGGCUGUCGGUCGUCGGCGCCGCCGCUGGCCUUUACGCCGCAGCUGCCGGCGCUGCGGGUGGAUGGGAAGACGACGCCCGGGUUGACCAAGCGCAAGGACUUCCACGAGACGUUCUCCAAUCUGAUCAAGCUGGGCAGCGUGGACAGGCAGGAUGGCAAGCUGUCGCAGGAGGAGCACACGUGGCAGACCGAGCUGAAGGAUCUCAUCUGGCUGGAGCUGCAGGCCUGGCAGGCCGAUCGCACCGUCGAGCAGCAGGACAAAUAUCUAUACGAGGCGCGUCAUGGCGUCUCCGAUCUCCUCACCCAGAUCAUCAGCUACAAGUUCCAGCCGCGCUACAGACGGGAGCCCAGUCUCCUCAGCCUCGACAGCGGCAUACACUCCGAUGCCAAUUCCAAUGCCAGCUCUCCCUUGCCCAGCAAAUUGUGCCAGGGCUGCAUGUCCUUGUACUGCAAGGACUGCAUGGAGCGACAGGAGCUGGCGCUGCGCGAGGUCGAGGAUUUGCUAACACGCCUGGAGGCAGCCGAGGCCUUGUAUCCCUCCUCCCAGGCCAUGGGUGCACUGCAUCCCAUUUACAAAUCCCAGAGCUUUGUCGGCCGCAUCAAGGCCAUGUGUCUCUGGUACAACAUUACCAAGCAGAACAAGCUCAAGCUGAGUAUUCUGGGCAGGAUUCUGGCGCGACUUCAGGAUGAGAAAUUCUCUUGGCCGGUGCAAACAUCGUACAUGGGCUCGGAUAGCGGCAAUUCGUCAUCCGCCUCGGGCGUGGAAAAUGAUGACUCGGCGGUCAAUUCGAUGGACUCCUCGAAGCCGCCCAGCGUGGCGGGCAACGGGCAGGCGCCGUCCCGCCGCGGUUGCGGCACCGUGUCCUGUGCGCGGGUGCAAUUCAUGCUGAACGAUUCGACCCAUGUGCCCGGCGAGACCUCCAGCAGCAAUGAAUCCACUUCGACGGAGAUUAGCCAGCUGUCCAACGAGCUGCCGGGCGGGCAUUUGCGCAAGGGCUCGAUGCAUGACAUCAACAUCUUCAGCGUGGAGCCGCUGGGCACCUCGAGCAACGACUGCAACGGCGAGCAGGUCUCGGGGCUGUAUCGCAAGUUCAUUGAGAAUGUGCUCAAGUGUCGCGGCCUGGCCAAAUCCUUGGCCUUUCUCCAUCAGCUGCACACGGUCGCGUUGUACAAGGCGCACAUUGCGCUGGAGAAACCCGGUGUGGAGGAUUUGGAGGACUUUGAGCUGGAUGCGGAGAUCAUUGAGCAGGAUGUGCCGCGCAUGGAUCCGCAAAUCAGUCGCGAACAGGUCAUCGAGCUGCGCACCUACGGCUACUGGAGCGAGGAGGCGCAAUCGAUCAAUCUGCCCUCGUACAUUCCCACCUUUGUGUUCCUCAGCGGCAUUCCGUUGCAGUUCAUGCACGAGUUCCUCCGCAUGCGCCUAGAGACGCGUCCGGUGCGCCCCAAUCCCCUCAGUCUCGAGCAGCUGAUGAAGGAGCUGCGCGAAGGUCUCACCCUCGCCCUAACGCAUCGCGAGCGCUACCAACGCCACAUUACGACGGCGCUCGCCGAGAACGAAACGGAGCUGGGCAGCUACAUCAACAUCCUCAACCAGUACGAUGCGACGGUGCGCAAGACCUUCGAGCUCUAUCUGGACUAUAUCGAUCAGCUGGUGCUUGUCGCCGUGCCGGAGACGAAUCAGAAGUCCGUGCUCGAGAAGGAAUGGAUGUUCACCAAGCUGAUCAGUCCCAUGAUCAAGGGCAUGCACACGCUCGCCUCGCAGAAGUUCUGCGGCAUCAUCAGCAAGCUGUUGUGCAGCAUCUCGCGGCGGCUGGUGCAGCGCUCCGAGGAGCUGGACGAACAGAUCGCCAGCACGGCGCACAGCAACGACAGCGAGGAGCUCAAGUGGCAGCUGCUCACCAUUUGCCGCGAGACCCAGGCGCUGCUCACCGUCGAGCGGGAACGUUCGAUCAAGGUGCUCUUCUUUGCGAAGACCUUCUGUCGGGACGUCGAGACGACGGACUUCCAUCGGGAGCACUACGAGCACGAUGUGGCCAAUCAGCAGCACGACUUCAUCUGCUCGGACGUUAAGGCGGCCUUCAAGCUACUCCAGCAGGAUGUGCUCGAGGUGCGCAACAAGCUGACGAACAUCAUCAAGGGCGUUCAGCUGCGCUGUUGCAUGCGCAACAUGCUCGAGCUGGACGAACAGGAUCGGCUGGCGGUUCUGUCGCGCACGCGCGAAAUCCUCCAUCAGGGCUACAAGUUCGGCUUCGAGUAUCACAAGGAUGUCAUCCGACUGUUCGAGCAGCGCAUCAUGGACCAGAAGGACAGCGGACACACGGUCGACCUGGCGCUGGGCAUCAUUGCCUUCGCCAAGAUGUGGAUGCAUUUUGUGAUGGAGCGCUGCGAACGCGGCCGGGGCAUGCGUCCGCGCUGGGCUUCCCAGGGACUGGAGUUCCUGAUGCUCGCCUGCGAUCUGCAGAUCACACAGCAUCUGGACGAUCGCCAGUUCGAGGAGCUGAAACAGCAAAUGGAUCGCUGCAUAUCGCAUGUAAUUGGCAUCACGUCGGAGCCGGAGAAGGUCGCCCGGAAAAAGGCAUCGCCGCGCACCCGGAAAACCUCCUCGCCGGCAACAAGUCGUUCCCGGACGCCGACGCGCACGCCAAUGUCCGCCGGCGUUGUGGUUAAUCCCAAUACGCCGCCGCUGCAAUCGCCGCAAUACAACAAGCUGCUGCAUCCGCAGUUCAGCCUGAAGGAGGAGCUGCUGCAGCAGACCUCAGCCAGCUACGGCUCCGUGGACAGCGCCGACUUUGCCGAGGCGCCGCACGGUGCCGGCAUCGGCGAACUGCGUCUGCUUGUCCCACAGACGCCGCCCAUUUCCACAGCCACAUCCCCAGCCGCCGGCAAGGGCAGCGCCGCCUCAACCCCGCUGGCCUCCCGUCAUGAGCGCGUGCGCGAUGCGGUCAACCGGCUGGAUCUCGAUCUGGAGGAACAUCUACGCGAACGCCGGCUCAUCGGGCAGGUGAAGGCGCUCAAUUCGUGCGACAAGGUUCAGAUACGAGCACGGAGCGUCCAUUUCCGCUGGCAUCGUGGCAUCAAGAUCGGGCAGGGCCGUUUCGGCAAGGUCUAUACGGCCGUCAACAACAAUACGGGCGAGCUGAUGGCCAUGAAGGAGAUCGCCAUCCAGCCGGGCGAGACGCGCGCCCUCAAGAACGUCGCCGAGGAGCUCAAAAUUUUGGAGGGCAUCAAGCACAAGAAUCUGGUGCGUUACUAUGGCAUCGAGGUGCAUCGCGAGGAGCUGCUCAUCUUUAUGGAGCUCUGCUCGGAGGGCACGCUCGAGUCUCUCGUGGAGCUGACGGGCGGCCUGCCCGAGGCUCUGGCACGCCGAUUUACCGCCCAGCUGUUGUCCGGCGUAGCCGAGCUGCACAAGCACGGCAUCGUGCAUCGGGACAUCAAGACUGCCAACAUAUUCCUCGUCGACGGCAGCAACAGCCUCAAGCUCGGCGACUUUGGUUCCGCGGUCAAGAUCCAGGCACAUACCACGGUGCCCGGCGAACUGCAGGGCUAUGUCGGCACCCAGGCCUACAUGGCGCCGGAGGUCUUCACCAAGACGAACAGCGACGGCCAUGGACGAGCCGCCGAUAUCUGGUCCGUCGGCUGUGUUGUCGUCGAGAUGGCCUCGGGCAAGCGCCCGUGGGCACAGUUCGAUUCCAAUUUCCAAAUCAUGUUCAAAGUGGGCAUGGGCGAGAAGCCUCAGGCGCCGGAGAGUCUCUCGCAGGAGGGACACGAGUUCAUCGACAGCUGCCUGCAGCACGAUCCCAAGCAGCGUCUGUCGGCCAUUGAGCUGCUCGAGCUCAACUUUUGCAAGUCUGGGCGCGAUGAGGAGUGCAGCAGCGAGCAGCUGCAGGCUCAGAUGCGCGGCUCCUUUCGACGCAACGUGGUGCAGAUCUGAUCCGGCAGUUGGUUAAAUCUAAUAUCUAUGUUUCCCGUCGCGCACACACACACACACGCACACAUACUUAUGCUUAUGUGUGUGCACAUGUGUGUGUGUGUGUAACUUUUUAUGUUGGACAAUAAAUGUACCCAAAAAAAAUUGGCCAACUUUCGAAUUAAA